AUGUCAACAUCACUUGUUGGAGUUCAACAGGCCAUGUCCCUGUAUGGUCUAUCGACUUUUUUGGUAUUCGGUACUGUUGGUAACAUACUUUUGAUCUGUAUUCUUGUUCAACGUACACAUCGACAAAAUUCUUGUUCUCUAUAUUUACUUUCGGCAACAAUUGUGAAUCUGAUUUUGAUUGAAUGCAUCCUUCCUGCUGCGGUUUUUUCUGGAAAGUAUGUUGAUCCACAAAACGUUUCAUUAACAUGGUGUAAAAUUCGCAGUUAUCUAUUCAAUGCUCUACUCAUGCUCUAUCGAUGGUAUAAAAUGGCUGCCUGUGUAGAUCGUGCAGCCAUGUGCAACCGUCGCGCAUGGAUACGAUCAUUUAGUCAAGCUCGUGUUGCUUGUCGGGUAAUACUGGGUAUAACGAUCGUUUGGCUUAUUAUUCCCAUUCAUUUGGGACUUUUCUUUCGCAUUGAGAAUGGCCGUUGUAUACCCGAAUCAGGUCUCUACGCGAAACUGUUUAGUGCUUAUUCGAUCAUUAUUUCUGGGUGGUCACCACCAAUCAUCAUGGCAAUAUUUGGUAUUAUUUCUUAUCAAAACCUGAAAAAAGUGAGAGCACGAAUUCAUUCGACACAUAUAGCAGAACAAAACACGGUAGUCAAUGUUAUAGCACCCGGAAAGCAGCGAAUGGGUAAUCGAGAUCAACAGCUAAUCAUUUUAUUGAUGUGCGAAGUUUUACUUUAUGUCAGCACAAAUCUUCUUUAUUCAAUUAAUAUAACCUAUUCCGCAAUCACAUCCAACGAUCAGAAAACUAGUGAACGUAUUCGCAUCGAAUCGUUUAUUUCAUAUUUUUCUACUCCAUUUCUAAUUAUCAUUAACAAUUGUGCACCAUUCUAUCUCUAUCUGUGUGUGUCAAGUAAAUUUCGAAAGGAUGUUAGGAAUCUUUUCAGCGCAUGUUUCUGCUGUCUUCGCCCAAAUUCAUUAAUCGCUGUGGACCCACGUUCAAAAGCAACAGCAAUGGUGGCAAUUAAUCCAGCGGCGUCAAUAUCACGCCAACAAUAA